AUGGCAAAUAAGUGCGGCGCCUGUGGUCGUUUUGCUUCUACAAUAGACUCGACAAAAUGCUCAAGUUGCACUCAUUUAUUUCAUCGCAAAUGUGCUAGUAUUCCUAUUGACGGCCGAAUAUCAAAUAAAUGGCAAUGCAGCGGUUGUAAGGCAAAAAAUGUAUGUGCGAGUGGGGUGAACACAAUUGCUACGCCUAGUUCGUGUAGCUCGGGCGGCACGGACACAGAGUUCGGCGAUGCACAGCUUGGAUCCGACGCUAGAGGGCGCUUUGAAACUAAUGUCGACUUAGCAAAUGAGCUAAAAUUAAUACGCGAGCAGUUGACUACUAUUGCCCGCGAAAUGGUAUCUUUUCGCCAGGAAAUCACUAACAUUAAUUCUAAUGUUAGUGAAAUAAGUAAUAGGGUUAGCGACGUCGAGAAAAGGAUCGCAUGUCUUGAGGAGCAGGCAACUAACUUGACGAGUCAACCUGGAGGGUCCAAGGUCGAAGAUAGCGUAGCGGAGUUAAAGUGUCGACUUAACGAGCGUGAUCAAGAAUUACUUUUAAACGAUCUGGAAAUAUCUGGUGUAAUAGAACAGAAGGGCGAAAACCCCUUACACCUCGUCACUAUGCUUGCGGCUAAAAUUGGCACUGAAUUGGAUGAGCGCGAUGUUGUAAGUGCAAGGCGUAUAGGCAUGCGGCGCGAGGAAAUACCAGGCAGCGGUGACAAGCGGAGGCCGCGUCCGUUAGUUGUCCGUCUCGCUCGUCGAGUGAUUCGAGAUAAACUAAUUCACGAAGCGCGCGUUCGGCGGGGGGCGGAUACUGCCGGUUUGAACCUAGGUGGCGAGCCGCGCCGAUUUUAUGUUAAUGAGCGGCACACCUCAAUCAAUAGGCAAUUAUUUUAUAAAGCACGGGAAGAAGGGCGCCGCAAAGGCUGGAGAUAUAUGUGGACGCGGGAAGGAUGCAUUUUUGCGCGUCGUGAUUCUGGCUCACCCCGUUAUAGAAUUCGAACAGAAAUAGAUAUAAACAAAAUUUUUGGGGAUUGA